AUGUUGGAACUUGAAAGUCAUGUCACCAUCCAGAAACGCGCCUACUACUCCCCUCCCUGGGCAGACGUCAGCAUCAUUGCGGUGGCUGGAAGCUCAGGCUCCGGGAAGUCCACAUUAUCUCAGGCUAUUGUGAAGAAACUCAACUUGCCUUGGGUCGUGAUUUUGUCUAUGGACUCAUUUUACAAGACACUCACCCCCGAACAAUCCAAGUUGGCGUUUGCCAAUGAAUACGAUUUUGAUUCACCAGAUGCUAUUGACUUUGAUAUACUGGUUGACCGCCUGCGUGACUUAAAAGCUGGAAAACGAGCUGAGAUACCUGUGUACUCGUUCCAAAAACACCAGAGACUUCCUCAAACUACGUCAAUUUACUCCCCACAUGUGCUAAUUCUAGAAGGCAUUUUUGCUUUGUAUGAUCCGCGAGUGGUCGAAUUGUUAGAUAUGGGUAUUUACUGUGAAGCUGACGCGGAUACAUGCUUGUCGAGACGAAUUGUUCGCGAUGUGCGAGAAAGAGGUAGAGAUAUCGAAGGAUGCAUUAAGCAGUGGUUCGGGUUUGUCAAACCAAAUUUUGAAAAAUAUGUUGAGCCUCAGCGCAAAGUGGCCGAUUUAAUCGUUCCGCGGGGUAUCGAAAACCGAGUCGCUUUAGAUAUGAUGGUUCAAUUCAUCGAGAAGAAACUAUUCGAAAAAUCCACCCACCACCGCGAGGCCCUUUCCAGACUUGAGGCUACUUGCAAAGAGCAACCCCUUUCAGAUCGCGUUGUUGUCCUGGAUGAUACACCGCAACUGAAAUUCAUGAAUACAAUCUUACAAGAUAUUGACACCUCAGCGGAGGACUUCAUCUUCUACUUUGAUCGGUUGGCGGCACUCAUUAUCGAACAGGCUUUAAAUAAUGUGCAAUUCGUAUCUCUGGCAAUAGAGACUCCACAAGGCCAUAAAUACCAAGGACUGAAGCCCAAGGGCGAAGUCAGCGCAGUAAUUGUGCUCAGAGGCGGGUCGGCAUUUGAAUCGGCGUUGCGGAAAACGAUCCCUGACUGCCGAACAGGGCGGCUAUUGAUUCAGUCAGACUUCUCCACAGGCGAGCCGGAACUCCAUUAUCUACGCAUCCCAGAAGAUAUCCAUGAACAUGAAAGCGUUCUGUUGCUGGAUACGCAAAUGGCUAGUGGAGGUGCGGCGCUAAUGGCUGUCCAAGUACUGGUAGAUCAUGGAGUCUCCUUGGAAAGAAUAGUUCUGGCAACCUAUUCUGCCGGGCGCGUGGGACUCCACAGGCUUAUGACGGUGUUCCCAGAGAUCACUGUCGUGGUAUGCAAUAUACUUCGACACCAGGAGCAACGCUGGGUAGAGAAGCGGUACUUUAGGUGCUGA